UGGCCCUGCCAUCUGGCCAGCCGUGCUCAGGUUCUUGAGAGCUUCUCUGAGGUUGGAUGGAGAAAGAGAGGGUGGGGUUCUCUGGCAGAGCUCGGAGAGGCGGGAGCAGCGCAAAAGGAGGAAACGAAAGGGGGAGGCGAGCGCCUGGAGGAUCCAGCUGGUGCCACGCUGCAGGGUCAUGGCCUGUCAGGAGCAGGAGGACAGAUUGCGUGAGGUGAAUCUCUCUACCCAGAGGCUGCGUGUGCUCCCUCCCGCAGUCCUGAGCAAUUCCAUGCUGGAAAGCCUUGACCUUGACAGGAACAAGCUCAGGAGCAUCACUGGCAUUUCUAAGCUUUGCAACCUCAAGAAGCUGAUACUGUCCAAGAAUGAGUUUGUGGACUUUCCCAAUGAAAUCCAGAGCCUGGUCUGUUUGGAGAGGCUUGAGCUGAAUCAGAACCAAAUCCGGAUGAUCCCAGAGGGGGUUUUCUCCCACCUCCCCAGGCUGAAGCACCUGCGGCUGAACAACAACCGUCUCUGUGCCCUCCCCAGGGACCUGGCAGCCUGUCGGGGCAGCCUCCAGUACCUCAACAUCUCCAACAACCUGUUCCGGACCUUCCCGCAGCCCGUCCUGCAGCUGGCACGCCUACAGGAGUUCCACAUGCAGAAUAACGCCCUUCGCCAGCUCCCCAGGGAGCUCUUCCAGGGACAAUCCCUGAAAAUGUUCAAGGCCAGUGGGAACCCCCUCCGGGAGCCACCCAGUGAAGUGUGCGCUGGUGGCAUUCAGCAGAUCCGGAAUUACUUCAGCCAGCUUCAGCAUGGUUUGGGGCAGGAGGACAAGAGGGUCAAGGCCAUGUUCCUGGGGGCCUCGCUGGCUGGGAAGUCCACCAUCUGCAGAAGCCUGAAGCAAGGGCAAUCCAGACUGGUGCCCAAGGAAGAGCGAACGGUUGGGAUAGAGAUCAGUGAGUUCCAGAUCGAGGACUUCACAUUUCUCUUCUGGGACUUUGCUGGCCAGCUGGAAUACUACAUGACUCACCAUGUGUUCAUCACCCCACAGGCGCUCGUCAUCCUUGUCAUCAACCUUCACAUGUACCAAACUAACGACAAAACUUUCAAGGAGCUCGUUGGUUUCUGGAUCAACAACCUGUCCAUGCGAGUUCCAAACUCAGUGGUGCUUCCUGUGGGAACCCAUGUGGACUGCUGCCAGGAGCAGGAGGUAGCAGAGAAGACACAUGACAUCAUGGCCAGGAUCACAGCCAUGCUGGCAGAGAGAAAAAGCAACCUUGCUCACUUCAUCGACAACCUGGAGAGCAGUGAGGAGCCCGAGUUUUAUGUGGACCAGUGGGAGAGGCUGAAGGAGAUGGAGAGCUGCAUGUUAACCAUCUUAAGCUUAGUUGCUGUCAACUGCACGGAUCACUGUGCCAUCAGAAAGCUCGAGGUCGCUAUUUUGAAGCAUGUGAAGAAUGAGGAGCUUUUCCCUGAGGUUGUCCGAGUGCUGCCGACCGUCUACAGGCAGGUGGAAGCUGCCAUCGCGGAUAUUGCAGAGAGCGAGGAGAUGGCAGCGCAUGGCAUGAUGGACCUCCAGUACCUACUCAGCAAACUCUCCCAGCGCAGGCACCUGGCCAGCCUGAACAGAGAGCUCCUCCAGGACAUCCUGCGGUACCUCCAUCGCAUCGGGCUCGUCGUGUGGUAUGAGGAAAUCAAGCACUUGGAAAACACCGUCUUCCUCCAGCCUACAUUUUUAAUAACGAUGUUCAAGCUCCUGGUGCAGCACCACCUUGUCCAGCAGCUCGAGAGCAUCUCCAUGGAGACGCUGAUCGGGGAACAUGCCACCGUCAGAGACAGGGCCAACUGGGUGUGGACCUUCAAGUCAAAGGCAAUGCUGUGCCACCAGGCUGUGCGUGCCUUGGUGAAGCACCAGCUCUCCUCGGAAGGGAUGCGGGAUGUCUUUGAGGAAAUCAUGGGGCACAGGCCUCACAGAGGGAGAGGGAAGCUCUUCAGCCUCCUGGAGCACUUUGAGCUCUGCCUGGAGGUGAAGCACACUGAAGCACUCAACCCACAGGCCAGGGAGUUUGUGCCUGGGAAGCCCUGGGAGACAACACGGAGCCAAGGCAAGUCCUGGUACUUGUUCCCAACCUAUCUGAACCAGACAGAGGAAGUGUCUGAGGUGUGGGGAGGAGAUCACCCCGAGGACCUCCACAUCCGUGCCUACUUCUCACCUGAAAUACCUGAGGGCUUCUUCCAGAGGUUCCUGGUGAAAGCUUGCUCCUUCUAUUCUGCACACUGGGUGGCCAAGCUGACCUGCCUGCUUGUAUGCAAUGGCAAACCUCUGCUGAUCAAAGAGAAUAACCAGAGGGCCUACAGCUACCUGGAGCUCCGUGGCAGAAAGCCAUCAGAAAGGGCAGGGUUCCAGUUUGCCUGGGACUUCCUCGUGGCAGUUGUGCUCAUCAUCCAGAAGCUCGCUGAGGAGUGGCCGGGGCUGCACGUGUGUGUGAAGACUCCGUGCCGAACGUCCGGCUGUCCCGCAGAGUUCCUCUGGCCAGACCUGGAUGGCACAGGUGCCACGACAAAGGAAGAUGUUAAAACCUGCGGGACAUGUGGGCACCGCUUUGGUGCAGAGCUGCUCCUGCCCAAAGCACCCAGGCCGCUGGAGGAGCCCCCAGCACAGCCCUCUGCUCACUAUUACGUGACAAGCUACGGCACCACCACCUUUGGGCCCAGCAGCAUCCAGGUCACUCGGCAGAACAUCUCCAGUGAGUAACUCUGGGCCAGUGCUCAACGAAGAAUUACUUUUGUUUAGCCCAAGCCAAGCUGUCCUCAACGCAUUCUGCUUGCAAGUCAUGUUUGCAGCCUUAAUGCAUGGAAAUAAAUGCAUUGAUAAAUGCAUCCCUUCACACUGGGAAGUCACCUCAUCCACUCAAAUUUAAGGGGAAGAAGGUGCUGAUAAAGCUGUCUGAUACCAGCCCACCCCUGCCAGCAGGGACUUUGCUGAAACAAGGCUGGGC